AUGGCGCAAGUUGUAAAUGCACCCGACCUGGCUGCGACCUACGGAAUUCAACCGUACAUGCACGAGCCAGACUCUGAAUCUGAGCUGGAAAGGGAAGAUUUGAAAAAAAACCAAGCUCCAGCCGCAGCAGAAGAGAAUGAGACCAGCCCUGUUCCUCAGAUGCUGAAUGAUAGACCUAACCCAGAUCAGACCUGCACACAGGUGAAAGGCCUUCAGACUCCUGCUGCAGCAGAAGAGAAUGAGACCAGCCCUGUUCCUCAGAUGCUUAAUGAUAGACCUAACCCAGAUCAGACCUGCACACAGGUGAAAGGCCUUCAGACUCCUGCUGCAGCAGAAGAGAAUGAGACCAGCCCUGUUCCUCAGAUGCUUAAUGAUAGACCUAACCCAGAUCAGACCUGCACACAGGUGAAAGGCCUUCAGACUCCUGCUGCAGCAGAAGAGAAUGAGACCAGCCCUGUUCCUCAGAUGCUUAAUGAUAGACCUAACCCAGAUCAGACCUGCACACAGGUGAAAGGCCUUCAGACUCCUGCUGCAGCAGAAGAGAAUGAGACCAGCCCUGUUCCUCAGAUGCUUAAUGAUAGACCUAACCCAGAUCAGACCUGCACACAGGUGAAAGGCCUUCAGACUCCUGCUGCAGCAGAAGAGAAUGAGACCAGCCCUGUUCCUCAGAUGCUUAAUGAUAGACCUAACCCAGAUCAGACCUGCACACAGGUAUUUACUGUCCAAGGAUUUUCACUGGUUGAUUAUCCAGAUAGUGAUGAAACUGAUGAGGAUGGUAUGGAAAACGAACCUCCCACCCCACACCUGGAUGUUAUUAUAGGGCAGAAUGAUAUUGGCCCAGAUUUUUCAGAUCAUUUGUACGAUUCAGAUGAAACUGUUGUGAAAGAAACUUGUGAUGAGGCUUCUCCAAGCAACCAUUCCAACAAUCAAUCGGAUGAUGAACUUGUUCCACCACUGAGACGCACAAAAAGCAUUCUGGAAACACUACAGGCUCCCAGAAAGCACCCUCCAAUUAGCCAAAGUAAGUAAAGUCCUCCUGGCAAUGGAACAAGGACGCCUAGGAGAUUACAAAGGAAAGAGCCUCGAUGAAAUACAAGUCGAUGUGAAUGAGACCAUUGACAUGGAGGGACCUUUAGCAGAGGACAUUGAAGAUGUCAGUAUGCUAAGAGAUGAUGGGUCAGACGAUGAGGUCAGCAUGUCAUCCACGCAAGAAUGUACCUCCACAUCACAAAGUCAAAACCAGGGAGUGUCUGCAACCGAUGUCAGUAUGCCAAGAGAAGAGGGGUCAGAAGAUGAGGUCAGCAUGUCAUCCCUGCAAGAAUGUCCAAAACCGGAGUGUGUCUGCAAAAAAGAGAGGAAAACAAACAGCCAUCAAAAGAAGCUGGACCCCAGACGAGUGUGCUGCAGUGGACACACAUUUGAGGAGAUUUAUUGUAAGGAAUCAAGUUCCUGGUAAAGAAGAGUGUCAGCGCUGUAUUACUGCAGAACCUCAAGCUCUCAGAAACAGAGACUGGAAAGCAGUUAAAUAUUAUGUUAAAAAUCGCAUUACAGCCCUGAGAAGAAAAGUCUAGUGUGAAAGCACCUAAUGGAACUGAGGUAAAACCAAAACAUUAGAGGUAGGAUCUUAAAAUGUUUUGUCUUUGGUUGUGUUCUGUUGUAACCUUGUUGUUGUUGUUGUUGUAGGGGUUUGCUCAGGUUUUAUGGCUGUCCAUUGGCCAACAAAUAUACACAUUUCACAGAUCUUAUUUAAUUUUUUUUAUUUGAUGGAUGUAGGAUGGAUGUUCGAGAGAUGAAUGGAUGUAGGAUAGAUGAUUGAUGUUUGAUGGAU